AUGGGUGCAACUUUGGCUCGCAUGACCCGCAGAAAGCCAACUCUCUUACAUUUCGCCGAUACUCCGGCAACUCUCGGUGUACGCAAUUCGGAUGGGUCGAAAUCCACGGGUUCCCUAAGAGAGCUUGUGGAGCGCCAUUGUCCAACCUUGUUCUCGGGAUUCAAGCCGGUCUGGUGGCUCUGGAAUGGCCAUCUGCAGACUAUCUAUUGUGUUCUGGGUGAUUUCUCCAAGACGGACGUGUUGCAUUAUAGCCGGAAGUUAUUGCAGGUUGUGGAGGGAGGUACAAUGUGCAGGAGUGGAUUUUGCUCCUGCGGGGAGGCGUCUGCAAUACCCGACGAUGCGCCUAUAAUUGUCGUACUUCACGGCUUGACCGGAGGUAACUUAGCCUACGCUCCUACGAAAGCUAUGUGCGCUCUAUCCUUGUACCUGCCAUCGAACACGGUGGCUAUCGUGCCGCUGUUGUCAAUUUCCGAGGAUGCAGGCGCUGGGGUGCCAAUUACGAGCGGCCAGAUGUACAGCGCUGGUUAUACGGGUGACAUUCGUCAGGCAUUAAUCUACAUCUCAAAACUCUACCCCCGAGCGCAGUUGUUUGGUCUCGGCUUCUCACUUGGGGCAAAUGUGUUGACUCGAUAUCUGGCGGAGGAGCAGGAAAAAAGUCGAUUGCAGGCUGCAUGUGUUCUAGCAUGCCCUUGGGACUUGGCCAGAAAUAAUCAUGUGCUUAGAUAUAGUUUCCUGGGCCGCUUCUACUCUCGCGCGAUGGGGACAAACCUGAUAAAUCUGGUCAAAAGGAAUUUUGACAGCCUCACUAAGCAUUCCAAUCUCAUUGAACCCGUCACAAAUGUCAUAAACCUCAAGAACGCACUGUUGGAUGAUUUUGAUGAGAAUUUUACAAGAGUAGCUGGUGGAAGUCCACCAGAGUUCCCUUUCCCUAGUGCACAAGCCUACUACAAUUGGGCUUCGAGCCAUGAAAUCGUGCAUAAAAUCCGCGUCCCCUUCCUAGCGAUCAAUGCGGCGGACGAUCCUGUUGUGCAACAUGUUCCAUUUGAUGGCGGCGGCAACGGCUUAGCUGUGAUGGCACUGACGGCUUCUGGGGGACAUUUAGGCUGGUUUCACGGCAAGACUGAGCGAUGGAUAACUCGGCCGGUUUUAGAAUGGAUGGAUCUCGUCAGCAAAGUCCUCGUGCAGUCUCCUCAAGAGCGCGCCAUGAUCUAUACGCAUGAUGACGGGUUUCUGAAGGAGGAGGGAAGAGAUGGCGGUGUCAAGUUGGUGGGCGAAACCUUGAUAGAGGCCAGUGCUUGGGAUGGCGUGGAGGUGAAGGGGAGCUUACAGGGCCUCUGA